AUGGCCAAUACCCCUGUCUCGUCCGCCCUGCGCACCGCCGAGGCCUCAGCCUCAAACGGCUCCAUCGUCACCACCGAGUCCGGAGAGUCGCCGCUGAACCUGCCGUCAGGCACCCUGCGCCUACGCGCCGAGCCCGUGCAGCGCCGCCACAUCCAAUGGGCCGAGGACGUCGUGGACAACGAGGGAAUGGGCAAGAAGUCGUCGAAAGUGUGUUGCAUCUACCACAAGCAGCGCGAAUUCGGCGAAUCCUCUGACGAAUCCUCGUCCGACGACUCUUCUUCCUCUGAUGACGACUCCGACAGCGAGCCCGACAACAGCACCGCGCGUCCCACUAACAGCGGCCGCGGCCGCGCCCACCACCAUCACGGCAAUGGCGGCAGCGGUCCGAAGAAGGCACGGAAGAGAAGCCCAAAUGCUUACGAGAAGAUGCCCAACUACACCAAGAACAAGAGCGGCGAUGACAAAUAG